GCAGCUGCCGCAUGGGGCGGGCUCAGCCUCGGGACCGGGACCGGGCUGGUGCCACCGGCACCGGGCAGGGAGCCGAGGGCGGCCGAAAGGAGCCGAAAGGAGCCGAAAGGAGCCGAAAGGAGCCGAGCGCUCCCGAGCCCAGCGGCACCGAACGGAGCCGAGCGGCUCCGAGGUCUCCGAGCCGAGCGCAGCCGAAGGGAGCCGAGCGCUCCCGAGCCCAGCGGCGCCGAACGGAGCCGAGCGGCUCCGAGCCGAGCGCGGCCGAACGGAGCCGAGCGGCUCCGAGGUCUUCGAGCCGAGCGCUGCCGAACGGAGCCGAACGCUGCCGAGCCGGGCGGCCCCGAACAGAGCCGAGCGGCCCCGAACGGUUCCGAGCGCUCCCGAGCGGAGCCGAGCGGCCCCGAGCGCGAUCGGCCCGGUCUGGCGGCGGCGGGGGCCGCGGCCGGGCAUGAGGCGGCGGCGGCGGCGGCGGGGGCGGCCGGGGGCGGCCGAGGCGCCAACACGGCCCACCUAGACCCGUCCCCGGAGCACCAGCAGGGCUCAGCCAUGGGGACCCCCGACACGGACCUGAGGACGCCCGACGAAGAUGGCUCCGGGGAUGGCAUCAGCACCGUCUCUGGCAGCAGGAACCCGCUGCAGCCCCCGGACACCUCCUCGGAGGAGCCCUUCACCACCUACUUCGACAGCAAGAUCCCCAUCCCCGAGGACGAGACGCACUCGUGCUUCAGCUUCCGCAAGCUCUGGGCUUUCACCGGGCCGGGCUUUCUGAUGAGUAUCGCCUACCUGGACCCAGGCAACAUCGAGUCGGAUUUGCAGUCUGGGGCCAUCGCAGGGUUUAAGCUGCUGUGGGUGCUGCUGCUGGCGACGGUGAUCGGGCUGCUCCUGCAGCGGCUGGCCGCGCGCCUCGGCGUGGUGACGGGGCUGCACCUCGCUGAGGUCUGCCACCGGCAGUACCAGAAGGUUCCUCGGAUUAUCCUGUGGCUGAUGGUCGAGCUCGCUAUCAUCGGCUCCGACAUGCAAGAAGUCAUCGGCUCGGCGAUUGCCAUCAACCUCCUGUCGAUGGGGAAGAUCCCGCUGUGGGGCGGCGUGCUCAUCACCAUCGCCGACACCUUUGUGUUCCUCUUCCUGGACAAAUACGGUUUGCGGAAACUGGAGGCGUUCUUUGGCUUUCUGAUCACCAUCAUGGCGCUGACGUUCGGAUACGAGUACGUCACAGUAAAACCUGACCAGGAGCAGCUGCUGAAAGGGCUCUUCAUCCCCUACUGCCAGAACUGCGGCACGCCGCAGCUGGAGCAAGCCGUGGGCAUCGUGGGCGCCGUCAUCAUGCCCCACAACAUGUACCUGCACUCUGCCUUGGUCAAGUCCCGGCAAGUGAACCGUGCAAACAAGAAGGAAGUCCGAGAGGCUAACAAGUAUUUCUUCAUCGAGUCCUGCAUAGCCCUCUUUGUCUCCUUCAUCAUCAACAUCUUUGUGGUGACCGUCUUUGCUGAGGCUUUCUUUGACAAGACGAAUGCGGAUGUGCACGAGGUCUGCGCCAACACCAGCAGCCCCCACUCCUCCCUCUUCCCCAACAACAACCAGACGCUGCAGGUGGACAUCUACAAAGGGGGCGUCGUUUUGGGCUGUUACUUUGGCCCCGCCGCUCUCUACAUCUGGGCAAUCGGGAUCCUUGCUGCAGGCCAGAGCUCAACAAUGACGGGGACGUACUCCGGACAGUUUGUCAUGGAGGGCUUUCUGAAUCUGCGCUGGUCCCGCUUCGCCCGGGUGCUGCUGACCCGCUCCAUCGCCAUCACCCCCACCCUCUUCGUGGCCAUCUUUCAGGAUGUCGAGCACCUGACGGGCAUGAACGACUUCUUAAACGUCCUCAUGAGCCUCCAGCUUCCUUUCGCUUUGAUCCCGGUCCUGACGUUCACCAGCCUGCCCAGUGUCAUGAAUGACUUUGCCAAUGGACUGUUCUGGAAGAUCGGCGGCGGAGUGGUGAUCCUUCUCAUCUGCAGCAUCAACAUGUACUUCGUGGUGGCCUACGUCAUGUCUCUGAACCACCUGGGUUUGUACAUCGGGGCGGCGCUUCUCAGCGUGGUCUACCUGUCCUUCGUCGCCUAUUUGACCUGGCUGUGCCUGAUCGCUCUGGGCGUCUCCUUCCUGGCCUGCGGGAAAACGGUAAGCGUCACCCGGACCCUGCUGACGGAGGAGUCCCCGUCGCACGCCGCCAAGUAGCCGCGGCGCCCCUCCACAGAAAGUAGCCAUCAGAGCCAGUGCGUUUCUAUGGUUUACCGUGUGAACAUAUACAAGUGUAUGUGCGGUUUGCACAGGGAUUACUGGUGCAGUUCUCUGCUUGUCGCGUGGGAAAUCAGAUGUACAUACUGGGAAAUGCGUUGCUGCUAAAAAUACUAAAAAGUCAGUUGUUUUCUUUGCUGAACGCCUCUAAUCACAGCCGUAAGAGCGGUGCUGAGCACUACAGGACUUGCAGGCUGCCUGCUUGCAGACGCUAACACGUAGCAGAGGGCAGGGUGCUGUGCUGCUGACUUGACUCCUCGUUGUGGCUCAGCCCUGCCUCAGCCCCUCGUUUUUGCAUUACAGCCAGCAGGCUCUCCCCUCUCUUUGCAUUUUAAUCCAAGUAGCAGAAAUUCUGAAGCACAGUGAGAAUCCAGCCCCACGUAAUUACUGGGUCUCAGCUGCAGAAUCAAAGGAACAAUAAGCUAGGAAAUUCCAAGUGCGCCCUUUGGGCCACGUCAGAAGGAUGCUCCUGCAGUGACACUACGUUCAGGGUCUACCUCUGCAGUCAGCUCACGGCUCUGGAUCGUGAGCUGACUGCAUUUGAUGUUUCACUUGAAAAUACUGGGGGCGAACAUCUCAAAUUCACCGUGAGGCUGAAUGCCACGUGCAGCUGCCAUGCAGGUGGGAGCUGGGAUGCCGGAGCAGCGUCCCCUGGCGUAAGGACAGGACGCCUCGGUGUUAGCAUUAUCGUGUUGGUUUUUUUUUUAACUUGCCUGGCAUGUGAUUUUGGUGGUCAGCAAA